UCUCACGUGAUCUGCUAAUAAAAAAUGGCGACUCCAGCGGAGACAGAAAAGAAGAAGGAAAAUCCAGCCGGCAAAGCGCAAGAAAGCUCACCUGCUGCAGAAAACAAAUCAGAACUUUCUCUUGUUGAUUUCUGUACUCAGUUAGAGGACUAUACGCCUACAAUACCUGAUGCAGUGACCCAGCAUUACUUACAAAUGUCUGGGCUGAAUACCGACGAUCCAAGAAUUAUUCGUUUAGUCUCUCUUGCGGCUCAAAAGUUUCUGUCGGACAUUAUUAACGAUUCAUUGCAGCACUGUAAAAUGAGGGGAGCUCCUCAAGGAUCAAGAAAAGGAACAAAAGACAAACGCUAUGUGCUAACAAUGGAAGAUCUGUCUCCAGCCCUUGCUGAGUAUGGCAUUAAUGUCAGGAAACCAAUGUACUUCACAUAAUGACUAUCGGCUUUAUUUCUUUCAUGAUCUUAAUUCCUAUCUUCUCAUUAAUGUCACUUCUCAAUUAUCUUAUCUUAUUUGAUUUUUGAUUUAGAACUAGUAA